UUUGGAAAUUUAUUCGUGCAUUCAUAUAUUUGAUUUUCAUAUCACUCGUCAAAAUGACUUUUCUUGCCUCUAGUUUUGCUGUGUUCCUACUCUCGGUUAUGGUUGGGAUCCGAGCUGACGAUGGAAUGAGAAUAGUGGGAGGGGAAGCUGCCUCACCGGGGGAAUUUCCAUACCAAGUUUUUAUUGAAAAUGUGUUCAACUCCACCGAAAUUUUAAAAUGUGGUGGUGCUUUGUACAACCAAGAAUACGUCGUUACAGCUGCCCACUGUAUGUACUUCAAGGAUCUGGGAACUUACGCCAACCCAAAACGCAUCUGGAUCACCGCAGGAACAACGGACUUGGAAGAAGGUGCCAACGCUCCACAAGGCGACAUUAAUCGAGACAAGCAAAUCACACGAGUUGUUGAAAUUAUUCCUCAUCCCAAAUUCGAAUAUAAGAAAUAUGAAGGAGAUCUUGGAACCAUUCCAACCUAUGACAUUGCUUUGUUGAGAAUGAACCCUCCUCUUAAACUGAAUGAAAGAACACAACCAAUUUCCCUGGCUCCAGCCGAUUACGUAGUUCAAGGAAAUGGAACUGUCACUGGGUGGGGUCGUCCUGACCCUUACGGAAAGUGGACGAAACAAAUGCGAAAAGUGGACAUUCCUUUAGUAGAUUGGCAACAAUGUGCCAAAAUGUUCAAGGGGUAUGCCACGGUCACUCAAGACAUGUUCUGCUCGGGCACGUUGGAAGGUGGAGUGACGCCAUGCAACGGAGAUAGUGGUGGUCCUGUGGCUUGUCGAUAUGACAAUGACCCUUCUGGUCGGUCUUUCCUCUGUGGGAUUGCCUCCUUCGGUCCAAACAGAUGUCCAAACUAUUCCGUGUACACUCGAGUUUCAGCCUACGUCUCGUGGGUCGAAGAACAAGUACAGAAGCGUCAGACAGCCUAAGUCAAAACUGAUGGAUGAAGAGGAAUCAAUUGUAAAUGAAUAUUUUUAUUGAUUCUUGAUUAAUUUCUAUAAAUGAGUUAGAUAGUUCUGUCAAUAAUUAAGGGGGUGAAAUAUUCUGUUUGAAAUAUGUUUUUCUUAAGUUAAUCAAUAAAAUUAAUGUUUAGUUUAUAAA